AUGGGACCCACCAAUAUAACAUAUCUAAACCCAAAAACCCUGACCCUGAUUGGAAUUCCUGGACUAGAACAUGUGCAGUUUUGGAUUGGAUUUCCUUUCUUUGUUUUGUGCAUGGUGGCUCUACUUGGGAACUUCCUCUUGCUCAUUAUCAUCCCUACAGAACGCAGUCUUCACCAACCUAUGUACAUCUUCCUAGCAGUGUUGGCAGUAACUGACCUAGGUAUGUGUAUAGCCAUUGCCCCUAAGAUGUUGGCUAUCUUCUGGUUUGGGUCCAACUCCAUGGCCUUUGAUGCCUGCUUAACCCAACUUUUCUUCAUCCAUGCUCUGCAGGGCAUGGAAUCAGGCAUUCUGCUGGCUAUGGCCUUUGAUCGCUAUGUCGCUAUCUGUGAUCCUUUGCGCCACUCCUCCAUCCUCACACCUGUCUUUCUAGUUAAGUUGAUACUGAUGCUUGCAACUCGGUCAACAGUGCUUGUUGGGAUUGUACCCAUUCUGCUCAAACGAUUGCAACGUUUCCGCUCUGUUGUUAUUGUCCAUUCUUACUGUGAGCACAUGGCUGUGGUCAAGUUGGCUGCGGAAGAUGUUCGGAUUAACAAAUCAUUUGGGCUCUUUGUAGCUUUUGCUAUACUAGGUUUUGACAUAAUCUUUGUCUUUGUUUCCUACUUUCUAAUUUUCCGAGCUGUUUUUAGACUUCCCCAGAAGGAGGCACGGCUCAAAGCGUUCAACACUUGUACUGCUCACAUUGUUGUUUUUCUGGAGUUUUAUAUCCUUGCAUUUUUUUCCUUCUUCAGCCACCGUUUUGGUCGUGUAUCUCCCUAUACCCAUAUCCUCUUGUCCACUAUAUAUCUGCUUGUUCCUCCUGCACUUAACCCCAUUGUCUAUGGUGUGAAGACCAAGGAGAUACGCAAGCGUGUUGCUCAGAUUUUCAUUCUGAAACCUGAUACCCAGCACUGA